AUGGAAGCUGUUUUGGGAAACGAGCAAGAAUACAAAGAACGAACGAGAAGAAGAAGAAGAAGAAGAAGACGAGCAGCCACCAACACCGCCUCCACCGUGUUUUUGUGGGGAAUCUUGAUACUUGCUAAGUUUGGUUUGUCUUCUUCAUCAGCUCUUUCUCCUGAUCAAUAUUAUUAUCAUCAGUCCUACUCUUCGCCGAGAAAGGCUGGUCCUUUCCAUGAAACUGUGCCGUUUCAAUCCCCCAAAGCCUCAGUGUCGUUCACGGGUCGAGAAGAAGAAAACAGAGAUGAUGUUUAUAAAGACGACAAGAGAUUAGUUCACACAGGUCCAAAUCCUCUUCACAACUGA